AUUAGGAAAAGGAAAAGCGAAAGUAUCACGAUGGAAGACAGCUACUAGUAACUACGUUAACUUUUCGUUCGUACAUCUACAUCGACGCUUCGAAGAUAACAUAAUAAAUUGAGUGCUCUCAGACUGUAAGUGUAAGUUGUGCCUCAAGAAUUAUUGCGACUGCUACUUGCAGAACCGUUUGCCAUAAUUUCGACUGGUACAACUAUAGCGAAGAGACGACACAACUAUAAGUAUAACGACAAGACACCUUUUACCUUUAUACAAGCGACACACAUAAUAUAUGAUCUUUUCUAAUUGACGUAGACCAGAAGCUCAUUCAAGUAACGAUGCCGGAGAGGAACGGGAUAAAGAAGUGCUGCAAAAGUGCAGCAGCCAAGUCCUCGAAACAAGGCAGAAAAAGUUGUGCAAUAAAAGCGACACAGGAGGAAGAUUGCAAAGCCAAUACCUCCUCCUCCAAACAAGGGAAUUCGAAGUCCACCAACGCGCAGGCCAAAGCGUCUGUUGCGCAGGAAGAGAACAACGACCAAGAAGAGCUGCGGGGACCGAAAAAGCGUAAAACUGAACCUUCAUCCGCGCGAAAUGACACGCACUUUGUGAACAGACGGGGUAGAAGCGAACAGAAAAAAACGCAGCACCAGGAGGGUUUGGAGAAUCAAAAGCCCCAUUCAAAUCCAAAUUAUCGCUGGAUGAAUUCCGCUCGUAUAGAAGAAUAUGUCGGUAAUAAGUAAGUACCCAUUCAUCGAAGAAUAAAGAAAAGUCGACGA